GAGGUGUACAGUACGCUCCUUUAUUGGAGGGGCGUGGAUAGUUUCUCCAGCUUAGUUAAAGCACUGAUUCGCUUCUGCCGGCCCCCUUUUAAAGAGACGAGUAGGUUUGUUCACGAAAGAAAAAAAAAUCCGUGAGAGGGACGCGCCAAACGUGGCAGACGCACACACCUGUGAAAGUCAAGAAAGUGUGAAAGGAGCAGUGGGGUAGUGGUAGGAGAAAAAAGCGUUUUUCUUUGUGGUGUUUUGCAGAAGAUAUUCGUUGAUCAGUAAACACCCGGAAAGUGUGCUUUUGUCCAAGCUUCAGGUUUUGAUUUGGCGUUUCUGCUUUUUCUCUGGCUAGCUUCACUAUUAAACUGCACCCCCUAUUAAGGGAAGCAAGUCACUUGGUUACUUCGCGUUGAUCCAUAUCGACGGUGCUCUUCUUUUAGAGAGAUCAGUAUGUUGUGGGGGCUGUCGGCUUCCCGCUGGUGUCUCGCGCUGGCCACCUUGCAACAGCUUGCCACCAGAUCGGACGCGAUGGCUAAUACCUUUUGGACCGCUUACGUGAACGUAUCCUUCACCUUGCCGGACAAAAACCUCUCUGUCUGGAACAUGGAAGAGAGCGGAGUGUACGGACAGGAUUCGUUCAUCGGCGGCGCCCGGGGGCGACUAGUGACCCCUGAUACAAUCUUUGGGUGCGAGCCGGACUCGGUCUACAACGUUCCUCAAGGUACGACUAUGUUUGUGGCUUUGAUCCAGCGAGGAGGGGGAUGCACCUUCAGCGAGAAGAUCAACCUGGCCAAACAGCGGGGUGCUUCGGCGGUUGUGGUGUAUAAUUUAGCCGGCUCGGGUAAUGAGAUCAUCCAGAUGUCGCACCCAGGUACAAAGAAUGCUGUUGCCAUCAUGAUCAAUCACUUUAAAGGGAUGGAAAUUGUGAAACUCCUUGCCCAAGGCAUCAAGGUGUACAUGGUCAUUGAUGUUGGCAAGAUGCAUGGAAGCUGGAUUGGUUCCUACUCUAUCUUCUUUGUUUCCAUUGCCUUCUUCGUGGUGACUGCUGUGACAGUGGGCUACUUCAUUUACUAUUCUGCUCGCCGACUAAGAAAUGCACGUGCAGUGAACCGGAGACAGAAAAAACUCAAAGCUGAAGCAAUGAAAGUGAUCAGUCAAUUACAGCUGAGGACUCUGAAACAAGGAGACAAGGAGACAGGCUCCGAUGGUGACAGCUGUGCCGUUUGCAUUGAGGUGUAUAAACCAAAUGAUAUAGUCCGCAUCCUGACUUGCAACCAUCUCUUUCACAAAACAUGUAUAGACCCCUGGCUGCUGGAACACAGAACCUGUCCUAUGUGUAAAUGUGACAUCCUUAAAUCUUUGGGAAUUGAGCCUGAUGUGGAGGAAGCAGCCACUGAAACAGACCCAAGUGCUCCAGAAUACCCGACUGACCAACAGCAAGAAUACACCACAACCUUCCCUGAUCAGGACAAUCAAAGUGAGACCGUGUCCUCGGGAUAUGCGUCAGUAAGAGAGAUAGAUGAGCGGCUGGGGGAAGUGGAUGACAGCCCUGUAGAUACACCAAUACAAGUAGAUGUUAUGCCUCACUAUGACAAUUUUGCUUUUGAAGAAGAUGAGAAAUCUCGUCAAGCUAAGACGUAAAGCCUUAUGAGCUCUGCCAGGCCGCGUCUGACAGCUUGUUUUGGACCAGCUCAUAAAUGAAUCAUGAACUGCAGCUUUUUUAUUAUUUCUUUUUCUGUCAGAUGUUGUAGGCGAAAGAGAAGAGUCAAUUUUCAUUUUUGCCACAAAGCCAAAAAUGAAAAUUUUAAGCCCUGCAACCUUUUUAGAUCAUAAAAAUGGCUUGAAAGAUUGAUUCAAUUUUCUGCUGUAUAUUUAAAAUGAUUUUUAAAUGAUUGAUAAUUGCAGCUUAUUUUUAAAGGUUUUAAAUUUUGUAAUUAUACAUGAGCUGUUCUAUAGCUCUACUCAAGUGAGGAGAAUGACAAUACAAAAACACCCACCAGUUUUUCUUGUUGAACUUGUAAUAUUUUUUGAAGCAGCAAGUGCAAUAAUAUAUUUUGGGAAUUAAAUUUACUAGGUAACUAUACCCAUCAAAGUGUAUAUUUAAAUAUAUAUCCCGUCUUGCUUUGCCUCAGCAAGUUUUUUAAUUUGGAGCAGAAUUCAAUUUUAGAACACUAAGCCUUGUGCAUUUCCUAGUCCCCGAGAGACUUUGCCAUGCAAAUCACUUGUGCGUGAGGGAAUGUGCACAUAACACCUGGAGGCAUUGCUGAAACUGCAAUUGCACAAUGUAGUGUUUGUGGACUCUUGUGGAGUCUUUUUUUUUUUUUCUCAUAAGCACUUUCACUUUUAAAACCUGUUCUGUCCAUUAGACAUGACCUUAAUCACUAAACUGAUAAGCAGUCUGGUUGUGUUCAAAACCCCCAGAAAUGCGCCACUGUUUUCUGUUUGCACACUGCUGCUGUGUGCUGCCCUCUGCUGAUUAUACCGUGCAUUGUUUUAUAUCCCUCUCCUGAAAAUUCAAAGUAUUAAAUAUUUUUGUUGUAUAAAAAGACCUUUUUUAUUUGAUUCUUAAGUAUGGUACAGUUGUUUGUUGACCUUUUGUUUAAAACGUUGCUAUCUUUUUAAUCA